GGCAGCGCACCAUCCAGUUAGCUAACAUAGGAUUAAGGGAAUUUGGUCAACGAUGACAUAUUUAUUUCUCAGAGAAGACGACUGUCGACAUACCUGCUCUUUCGCUCGGGUCUACCCAAUUUAUAUGGGUACAAGCGGCAGACACGGUAGUGGCACUUUUUAUCGAAACGGACAGAGGUUUACUGUUGGGGUUGCCCCGUAGCUAGCCAAAGGUUAGCUAGGUUAGCUAACAUCCAGCUAACGGUGUCAGGCGGAUGCUGAACAAUAAACAUUAGCAGUAACGCUACCUCGGAAAAAUUUAUAGUUCAAAUAGUUACAGUUCGGUGUGAAAAUGGAAGCUGAACAGGAAAGUAAAAUGACCGAGGAAGAUUAUGAAGAUGGAGACAACCCCUUAUCUUCAGGUUACCACCCUCCUUUUCGCUCCCCUCGAAUGCAAAUCCAGAGGGGAAACGUCUGCUCUCGGGCUUAUUUCGUUGUGGUGAUGGUCUUCUUUCACGUGUACAUCCUGAAUGUUAUCGGCUUGCUGUUGUAUGUGCACUACAACAACGGGCCCGGGGAUUUUGUCAGUGGAGACGGGGACAGUUCUGCACCCGUCCGUCAGAGUGGGACCCCUCUACCCAGUCCGGCCCCUUCUCCAAAAGAGCUGCACAUGGAAGACCACAGUCAGAGUUUCAGUCUACCUCGCGUUGAGGGAAUACGGGUGGGUCAUGUACAGCAGGUGUCCCUUGUGCCAAACAGAGUGCACGAGAUGAAGACAAUCAGCCUAAAACCUCUACUCUUUGAGAUCCCUGGCUUCCUGUCAGAGGAGGAAUGCCGUGUGGUAGUGCAGCUGGCGCAGCUCAAGGGUCUAAUGGAGAGCCAGACAACAGCAUCCAACCAGGGACAAGAGGAGUCAAACCAGCCACUCCUUUCUCUCAGCACAGAGGAGGUCUUCAGUCUGUUGGACCUGAACCAGGAUGGGCUGCUGCAGAAACAGGAGAUUGUGAGUCACUCACGCUCUCGAGAUGGAACUUGGUUGAACCCAGGCACCUUACGGCAGAUACUCGCUGGUCUUGAAGCCUGCUCUACAGGGGCGCUGACACUAAAGGACUUCAGCCGUGUUUAUGACAUGUCCCAACACCCUGAACAACAGCAGAGCAGGAAGCUGCGGGGUCAUUUCAAACAGAGAAGCAAACAUACAUGGCUUUACCAAGGCCAAGGGUCCCACCAUGUGCUGCAAACACUCAGAAACAGAGUAACCAGUCUGACACGUCUGCCCUCCGCUUUGGUGGAGUUGAGUGAGCCACUGCAGGUGAUUCGUUAUGAGCAGGGAGACUUCAGUAAUGCCCAUCAUGACAGCAGCCCUUCUCAUUCAGAGACUACGUGUGCCCACACUCGGCUGGCUGGAAACACGUCUGCUCUCACUGAGGUCUCCUGCAGGUACCUUACAAUGCUAUUCCACCUCAGCUCUAUAGAGGAAGGUGGUGAGACCACCUUUCCUGUGGCUGAUAACCGUACAUAUGAGGAGCAGGCACUGGUCCAGGACGGCAUUGAUUUGACAGACACCCAGGAGACAUGUAGCAGAGGGAACCUGAGAAUAAAACCUACUGCUGGGACGGCCCUCCUCUGGUACAACCAUCUCUCUGAUGGCAGAGGUUGGAUGGGAGAGCUGGAUGAAUAUUCCCUCCAUGGUGACUGCCCUGUCAGACGUGGGGUGAAGUGGGUGGCCAACAGCUGGGUAAAUGUGGACCCAGACAGCCAGCGGCAGGUCCGUUACCAGAGACUAGUUGCACAGAGGCAUCAAGCUAAACCGGGAAUAGAGGAGCAUUACCAACCUCUCUCACACAGCGACCUCCAUCAGGAUCUAUAGCCUAGCCUUUUUAUUCUGACGAGAUCAUGUGACCACCAUUUGAAAACCAAGUCACUCUUGCAUUCAUGAAGUAAGUGGACCAGACAGACUGUCUCCUCAUGUCGGAUACUGUAGUCAUACUCAAAACUGCACCAAAAGCAUUCCAGAUGUAAUGGUUAUAUCAUGACUGUGAUGCUAAUGCUAAAGCGAAAUUGGCUUUAAUCAUAAGUCAGUCUCAUCAGGGGAGCUGUUUUUUUUUUUUUUUGUGGGAGAUACUCUUGUCAUUAAAAAAAAACAUAAAUAAGUAGAUUAAAUGAAACGGAGUGAUUGCAGUUAUGUUUAUUGGACCUUAAGGAAAUAACAUAUUCAUCGUAACAACUUUAUUAUAGUUAGCUACAGGUAUCAUGAUGUAAGUUGGGGGAUAAAAGACUUCAUGCUCCCACUUAAACUUGAAGCAUCCGCACGUUGCAGGUUAGCUGUACUUGUUAUUGAUGAAAGCUUUUGUCCCAAGCCAUAUCAAAGAAUUUUUUUAGGAAUGUGAUAAUUUGUCUGUUAUAUUUUGUUUUCAGAGUUUGUUGUGAAAUGAUAUUUAAUAAGGGGUUGCCCCUUUUGCUGCUAAUGCAGCUCUGUUCUUUACUGGACUUGACUGCUCGUCACACUGGCUGUGGGAGGCCUGACCUUCAGGUGGAAUUCAAUGUUUGUGUUUGUUAACCUCACAAAUCCAGAAUAUUUUAUUAUCCAAGAGUAUUUAUUGAGUGUUAUUUAUCACCACUAUUUAUUCAUUUAAGUUAAAGGAAUGCAUAUUUACUACAGCUUGUUGUUGCACUGGAUCUGUCAUUGUAUUUUAUUGUAUUUGUUCUACGUCAUUAAAUAAAUAAAGAUUUGUUGUUUUA